GGCGAAGGAAGGACAAAAAGAAGCGAAAAAAAAUCAAUAAAAAUGUUGAGAAAUAUUGUGACAAAAACAAAGAGCGUCGCUCUUCAACGCGGAAUCGUCACGAGUGCCGCGAAUCGCGGUGUAGUUGCCGAAAAUUUCGAUAAAUCGAAAAAACCCACGAAAUCUGCGGCAGUUUUUGAACGCGAAAGUAAAUUCGGGGCACACAAUUAUCACCCGAUUCCGGUUGCUCUCACCGAAGGCAAAGGCGUUUUCUUGUAUGACGUCGAAGGACGUAGAUAUUACGACUUUUUAAGUGCCUAUUCAGCGGUCAAUCAAGGGCAUUGCCACCCAAAAAUCGUCCAAACUCUCAAAGAUCAAGCCGAAAAAUUGACCUUGACCUCUCGUGCCUUUUAUUCCGAUGUGCUUGGCGAGUACGAAGAAUACAUCACCGGACUCUUGGGCUAUGACAAAGUUCUGCCAAUGAACACGGGAGUCGAAGCGGGCGAAACUGCAUGCAAAUUGGCUCGCAAAUGGGGCUACGAAGUGAAAAAAAUCCCAGAGAAUCAAGCUAAAAUAAUUUUUGCUGGCGGCAACUUUUGGGGACGUUCAUUGGCAGCUGUCUCAGCAAGUACCGACCCAUCCUCCUACAGCGGAUUUGGACCUUUUAUGCCGGGAUUCGUAAAAAUCCCGUAUGACGAUGUUCAAGCACUCGAAAAAGAAUUGCAAGAUCCAAACGUUUGCGCUUUCAUGGUUGAACCGAUCCAAGGAGAGGCAGGCGUUGUCGUGCCAUCCGAACAAUAUUUGAACAAAGUACGUGAAUUGUGUACGAAAUACAACGUAUUGUGGAUUGCAGAUGAAGUACAAACCGGUCUUGGCAGAACUGGAAAGAUGCUGUGCGUCGAUCAUAAUAACGUGAAACCAGACAUUGUAAUGUUGGGAAAGGCAUUGAGUGGAGGUCUUUAUCCGGUAUCUGCUGUGCUCGCCGAUGACGAAGUUAUGCUCUGUAUCAAGCCAGGAGAGCAUGGAUCGACGUACGGAGGAAAUCCAUUGGGAUCUAAAGUUGCCAUCACCGCUCUCGAUGUCAUCCAGGAAGAGAAUUUGUGCGAAAAUGCCGAUAAAAUGGGAAAAAUCUUGAGACGAGAACUUUCCAAGUUACCAAAGGAAGUUGUAAAAAUCGUUCGUGGCAAAGGUCUUUUGAACGCGAUUGUCAUCAAUGAGAACUUUGAUGCCCUCGACAUCUGUAUCAACUUGAUGCAAAAUGGAUUAUUGGCAAAACCAACUCAAGGCGAUAUCAUCCGUUUUGCUCCUCCACUGGUUAUCACCGAACCACAAAUCAAGGAAUGUAUCAGCAUUAUUGAGACAACGAUCAUGGAUUAUGCCAACAAAAAGUAAACAUUCGCUGGAAAUAAACUGACUCCUCUUGUUUUCGAUAAAAAAAUGUGUUUAGUGA